ACUGGCCAGCUACUGCGCCAUAGCGUUCUAGUGCACCGUGGAAUAGUUGCAUCGAAGCCAAGGAGUGUUGUUCUUCUUGCUGUUGUUCGCUUCUAAACGGCAGAACGUGCGAACAAAGCAUUCCAAUACAUUUUUGGGGCGUCUUGUUUGGAGUGUGAUUUGCUUUAUUCUCUCGUACUUGACCGUGACACGGCGAUCUAAGUUUCGAACGUCCUGACAACCUUCUCACCGUUCUUGGUCAGCUUCGUGUCUCUGUUUCCAGCUUCCACGUAACGAUGUCGCUGUAUCCGUCGCUUGAAGAUAUGCAGGUGGACAAGAUGCUGCAAUCGCAGAACCGCGUUGUAGCAGCUGCGGCCGCUGCACAGCAGCAGCAGCAACAGCAACUCUACCAUCCAUCAGCACCAUCAUCCAAGGUGCCCCCGGCAUACAGCUUGUACCCGAGCUUCGAGGCAAUCGAAGCUGGUGGCAGCGCUCCGAAAAAGGUCUCCGUUCACAAUGCGCUCGCCCCAACAGCCAUGUACCCCGAUUUGUACGAGUACAUGGGCCUGGAGCUAUCGAAGGCCAUGAUCGAGGCGAACCUUCCACAGUUCAUGCACGCCCAACAGUCGCCCAACGCCCAAGCCCUUGCCAUCCCCCAGGAAUCGACGGUGGCGACGGUGAGCAAUGCAAACAUGGUCGCACCCGUCACCGGUGGCUUCGUGGGGCUUCAGCGUGGUCAAGUAACGAACGGUAUCCGUGAGCUGAUUCUGUGCAAGGGUGCGGACAAGAAAGUGGGUCUACGAGCACAUGCCGUCAACAAAGGUGUGUUCGUUUGCGUGGUGGUGAAAGAUAGCCCAGCAGCGAUGGCCGGCUUGCGGUUUGGAGAUCAGAUUCUGCAAAUUAACGGUACCCUCGUGGCCGGCUUCUCCGAUGACGACGUACACAAGCUACUGAAGAAGAGCGACAAAAACAACAUUUCUAUUGUAGUGCGCGAUCGCCCGUUCGAGCGUGCAAUAACGCUACACAAGGAUUCUUCGGGCAGUUUCGGCUUCCAGUUCAACAACGGCAAGAUCACGGCCAUCGUGAAGGAUUCUUCGGCAGCUCGAAAUGGGCUGCUGAUCGAUCAGCAGCUGCUAGAAGUGAACGGUCAAAAUGUAAUCGGCAUGAAGGACAAAGAGAUCACCAAGAUUAUCAGUGCGUCCGAACGAACCAUUACGCUCACCAUCGUUCCGUUCAUUAUCUACGAAGUGAUGAUGAAGAAGCUGCCCAUGUCCUGGCUGCGGGGCAAGAUGGAUCACUCAGUGCCGGAUUUUUAAAGUAGCCUCCCACAUUUGAUGCCAAACAAUGAAGCUCGUAUGGAGUACACAGUACACACCUCAACAGCGAACUGGAUAGACUACAGCGAUUUUGUAAUGUUAAUCAGUACUGUAACCGAGAAUCUUAUGGUUUUAAACGACAGCCAUCUCAACAAUUGCCUCCAAGAGUGAAGCAGAAUGAUUAAGGAUCUUCGACAGGUCUUACAUACACAUGCACACUCAAAACAAAUACCCCCUUAUGUGGCAUAUUCUAAGAACCCCGUGUCUUCGUAGUAAUCGCAUUAAUCCGAAGUGCACCGAUGGGCCUUUUAACCUCCUAGUAUUCUUCCAUCUAUCCGCACAUACCACUAUUACGUUUUUUAAGAAGAUACAUUUAUAAGCCUGACGAUUAAUAAAGGGCUCCAAAUCGUAA